AUGCUAAAGAAGAAAGAAGGUGGAUGGUUAGGAGGAGCAAAUGAAGGAGUUGCAAAAAGCAUUAUUAUUACAAAGAGUGGAAUCAAAUGUAAGACUGAUGAAAAUAUAAAGUUUAAUACAAAAGCAGUUUUCAAGAGAGUAAAAGAUUCAGACUCUUCAAAAAUCAAGAGGAUUUUUAAAGAAGCUGUUAGAAAGAUGUAUGGUAUAGGAUUUUUAUAUAGUGAUUUGAGAGAUCUAAACAUUCUCUAUCAAAUAAAAAAGAUAGAUAAUAAUGAUGAUGUUGAAAUAGAUAUUAAAAUUGUUGAUUAUUAUUGGGUUGGUAGGAUUGAUCAUGCAAUAAUAAGAUAUUUCUUAUAUCUUAAUCCCAAAAUUGAAAGGCAUUAUGAUGCUCACUCUGGAUGUCAAAUUAAGUAG